AUGGCUGACCUCCACCGCCAGCUGCAGGAAUACCUGGCGCAGGGUAAAGCCGGUGGGCUGGCGGCCGCGGAGCCGCUGCUCGCUGCGGAAAAGACGGAAGAGCCCGCGGCGGGGGCGUGGCUGGGCCGCGCGGGCCUGCGCUGGACUUGGGCGCGGAGCCCUGCGGAGCCAACGGUGGGGACAGGCCCAGCGUGCUUGCCUAGUGUGACGCGCGCGCAGCGGCUGGCGGCAAGCGGCGUGUGCCUGCUGCUGGCCGCGCUCUGCUUCAGCCUGGCCGCGCUUUACGCGCCCGUGCUGCUGCUGCGCGCCCGGAAGUUCGCACUGCUCUGGUCGUUGGGCUCGGCGCUGGCGCUAGCGGGCGGGACGCUCCUGCGGGGCGGCGCGGCGUGCGGGCGCCUGCUGCGCGGCGAGGAGGCGCCGUCGCGGCCCGCGCUGCUCUACGUGGCCGCGCUGGGCGCCACGCUGUACGCGGCGCUCGGGCUGCGCAGUACGUUGCUCACGGCGCUGGGUGCCUUCGUGCAGGUGGCCGCGCUGCUGACCGUGCUGUUCGGGCUUCUGCCCUGGGGCGCAGGUACUGCGCUGCGUGUAGCGCUCGGACGGCUGGGCCCGAGCGCCGGCCUUGCUAAGGCGCUGCCAGUGUGA